AUGAUCAGAUAUGGCUCAUCAGCUGCAGUGGCUGAUCUGCAAGAAAUGGAUACAUUCACAGUGCUGACAUAUAAUCUGAUGACACAAAUUCCUAGUCCUACUUUGGAAAAGCUUGGGUGGGCCGCAUCGUGGCAUUAUCGGCAAAAGAGAUUAGUGGAUGAGAUAACAGGGUAUCGUGCUGAUAUCCUUUGUCUUCAAGAAAUCCAUCAGAAUGACUUCCGUACAUGGUUUGAGCCGGAGCUACAGAAAUUUGGAUAUGCAGGAAUUUUCAAGAAAUCUAAAUCAAUUCAAAUGGAUGGAUGUGCGACCUUUUAUUUGAAUAACCGAUUUCUAAACCUAAAUACAUAUGAGAUUGAAUUUGACACAUUGGCAGACGAGGUUGCAAAGAAAUUUGGGACUCCACAGGAGACGGAGAAAGUUAAAAUCCAUCUUUCAACGGUGAAUACUCAUAUCUGCCCAAUGUCUCGUCAAAGAGUAUCCCUCUUUCAGGUAGAAAAGUUUGCUGCCGAUCCUAAGGUUCCUUCUAUACUAUGUGGACAUUUCAAUGCUAAUCCUGUAAGUGAUGCUUAUAAAUUUGUAACUAAGGGGAAAUUAGACUUGGAGGCAGGUGACUUAAAAUUCACUCAUGUUCAAGUUAAGGGUUAUUCUGAUAUAGAGAAGGCAGUAUUCAAGCAUUUGAAGCCGAAGCGUGGAACCUCCCUUGUAAGUGCUUAUGCACAUUUGUUCGGGUCUCUGCCUAUUGGUAAUCCUUAUCGUCAGAAAAAGCAUGAAACAUUCAACGAGCCUUGCUUCACAUUUCUGAAAUGCCACAUGGCAGAUGUGCUUGAUUACAUAUUUUAUACAGACAUGAAAAAGUUCAAUAAGUAG